AUGGCAGCUGCCUUGGGCACUUCUACCAUCCUGUCUGGACAAGAAGAGAUUCCAGCACCACUGCAAUUCUUCAAAGGCAUACCAUGUAAUACAUACGAAGACUUUGGGAUUUCUCUGGAAUGA